AUGGGGCUUAAAUUUAUUGCUCCUGAGUUGAUUGAUGGUAAACCUAUAGCGAAACUUGACAAAAAUGACGUCUCUAAACUUAGUGAAGUCUGGAUUAAUUCAAUUAUUGUGUAUGUUGUGGGUCAAAACCCAACAUUCAUUGCUUUGAUGUCUUAUGUUAAAGCUCAUUGGAAUCUUGCUUCUGAACCUAAAAUUUUUGAGCAUGAAGAAGGGUAUUUUGUGGUUAAGCUGACUAAUGAAGAAUAUAAGGAACGCAUCUUAUUUUCAGGACCUCAUAUGUUUUAUGGUAAGCCAAUUAUUGUGAAACCCUGGUCACCAAGUUUUAAUUUUCACUCUGAAAUUUUGAAAGUUAUUCCCAUCUGGGUGAAAUUUCCCAAUCUACCUCUUCAUUAUUGGAGUGGUGACUCCCUCAGUAGGAUUGGAAGUCUAUUAGGAAUCCCUAUUUAUGCUGAUGAGUGUACCUUUAAGGCACUUAGGGUUUCUUUUGUUCGUGUUUUGAUUGAAAUGGAUAUAACCAAGGAAAUUCCUAAGGAAAUUCAUAUAGUGGAACCAAGUGGUAUGUCUUUCUCUCAGAAAGUUACCUAUGACUGGAGGCCAGCCUUUUGCACUAAAUGUUCAACUAUUGGUCAUAAUUGUGAGAACUUAAGAUCUAAUCCUAAGCCACAGACUAAAGUGAUUCCGAAAUGGGUUCCUAAAGGUCUUCUUACAACUGCUAGGACUGAACAAGCAUCAGUUGCGGUGGUUACUGGUAAACCUCCUACUGGUGAUCCUGUGGUGCUAGUAGAUGUUGGGCUAACUGGUGAUCCUAGUACUAUAGUAGAUCUAAGUAUGGUGGUGACCCCAGUGAAUACACCUAAUGUAUCAGCUCUAAAGGAAGAUCAGAAUGAAUGUGAUGACCAGGGAGCAUGGAAGUUAAUCAUCAGGAAAUUCAAAGAUAAAAAUAAGCAGAUAGCUUAUCAAUCUGCCAAGCUUGGAAUAGUUAGAAGGAAUAAUGUUGUUAAAGCUAGGAAGAAGCUUGGCUCAGAGUGGAGUUGGGAAGACAAUAAUGAUUAUUCUCCUAAGGGUAGAAUAUGGAUUGGCAGGAAACCAGGUAGCUUACAAGUUCAAGUAGUUUCUAAAUCUGAACAAGUUAUAGUUGUUGAUGUGGAAAACUAUAAUUGUAGAUAUUCAGAUCUAUGUGGCUGUUGUGUAUGGCAAGAGCUUUUGCAAAUUUCAGAAGAGUGUGUUAAACCUCUCAUUUUGAUUGGAGACUUUAAUGCAAUAUCUCAGGCUGCUGAUAGGCUAAAUGGAGCUCCAGUUACAGAAGCUGAAACUCAAGACCUUUCUAACUUCAUUAUGGAAAGUCAACUGAUGGAGGCUCCAUCAACUGGUCUUUUUUACUCUUGGAGCAACAAGAGCUUAGGAGAUGAAAGAGUGAAUAGUAGAAUUGACAGAGCCUAUGUAAAUGAGGCUUGGAAUGUGAGAUUCCCUGAUGUCUCAGUGUAG